GAGCGAUGACGACUCUGGCUUUCGACCGGUGGAGGGACUACUUUCAGUUGGCCGAGGUGGUGGAGGAGCUGCGCAGGAAGCCCCCCUCGGAGCAGAAGCAGGAGCAGGGCGAGAUGCAACCUUCCUCCUCCUCCUCCUCCUCCUCCCCAUCUUCUUCUUCCUCCGCCGUGUGCUGCUCCUUCUGCAAGCAGAACGGCGAGUCCCAGCGGAUCUACAGCUCCCACCGGCUGAAGGACGAGGCCGGGGACGUCCAGUGCCCCAUCCUGAGACAGUACACCUGCCCACAGUGCGGGGCCACCGGAGAGAAGGCCCACACCCGCCGCUUCUGCCCCCAGACCCAGAAGGGCUACGUCUCCGUUUACACCAGCUGCAUCCGCAACUCCGCCGGGAAGAAGAAGAACGCGAAGAAAAAGGUAUUAGCCAACGCCAUCCGGGAAGGAAGGCAUCAUAGAAUCAUCAAGUUGGAAGAGACCUCAGGGGCCAUCCAGUCCAACCCCCUGCUCAGAAGCAGGAAAAUUACAUUCAAACUUUUGUGGCUAUCCCUUUCACAGCAACCGCUUUCUUUCUUUCUCUCCUAGACUUAAAAGCAGCACCCAGAACGUUUCCUCUUGCAGUGAUUCUUCUGAUCUGUUGUUUGACACAUCUAACAUUCCUCCUGAAGUCUGGGAAGAUUCUGGAUCUAAUAACUCGCCCAUAUUCGUUGAUGUACAGAACUCAAAUAGUUCAAAGAAAACAUGGAGGCGUGGGCCUGAAUGCCAAUUUUUAAAAUACAUGUGGCCCAUAGGGGGUGCCUGCAAUGAAUUCUCUCAAUAUUUGCACAAUCAAUGCACUUCAGACUAUUAUAAGUUUUUAAACAACUGCUCUUCUUUGAACAGUGCCACAUUCCUGGUGGCUACAAUGUUUGUCUCAGUAUUUAUGGUAAAAGGCAGACAAAGUUUAUCUCAUAUUCCAAGCCACUAAUGCAAAAUUCCACUGUAUUAUCGUUGUUACCUAUGUUUUAAAAACACCUUUGUUUCAGAAGUGGUUUUAUUGACAAUUUUGUUGUUUCUUGUUAUAAUCUAUGUUAUUUAUUUGUUAUAUGGUUAAUAUUUAUAUUUCUUCUGUUAUUGUUAUUUGUUGUAUCAAAACUACUAUGACUGUUUGAAUACUAAAUACAGAGUAUUUUUCUUUUAAAAUUGACAAAUGUAGUUGUUUUUCAUGAAGGCAUUGCCGGAAUUUUACAAAUUAAUCCUAUGUUGAGGCAUUAUACUCCUGAAGCAAUUUAAUAAAGACAAGCUGUGCCCGGCCACGCAUUGCUGUGGCUUAUGGGAAUCAUUUGUUGACCAGGUGGAAUAGCAGUGAAUAGCCUUGCAGCUUCAAAGCCUGGCUGUUUUCUUCU